CCCCGCCCCGCGCCCCGCCAUGGCGGAGCCUUCGCCGGCCCGACGUCCGGUGCCGCUCAUCGAGUCUGAGCUGUACUUCCUCAUCGCCCGCUACCUCUCGGCCGGCCCGUGUCGCCGAGCGGCGCAGGUGCUGGUGCAGGAGCUGGAGCAGUACCAGCUGUUGCCGAAGAGGUUGGACUGGGAGGGCAACGAGCACAGCAGGAGCUACGAGGAAUUGGUCUUGUCCAAUAAGCAUGUGGCCCCCGAUCACCUGUUGCAAAUCUGCCAACGCCUCGGCCCAAUGCUGGAUAAAGAAAUCCCGCCCAGCAUUUCAAGAGUCACUUCUUUGCUUGGUGCAGGAAGGCAGUCUUUGCUACGUACUGCAAAAGACUGCAGGCACACAGUGUGGAGGGGCUCUGCCUUUGCCGCGCUUCACAGAGGAAGACCUCCUGAAAUGCCCGUGAAUUACGGCUCCCCACCGAGUCUUGUGGAGAUCCAUCGAGGAAAACAGCUCACAGGGUGUUCCACUUUUAGCACAGCAUUCCCAGGAACGAUGUACCAGCAUAUAAAGCUGCACAGGAGGAUUCUUGGACACCUGUCUGCUGUGUACUGUGUAGCGUUUGAUAGGACAGGACAUAGAAUCUUUACAGGUUCAGAUGAUUGUUUGGUAAAGAUUUGGUCAACACACAAUGGCCGCUUGUUGUCUACGUUAAGAGGCCAUUCAGCAGAAAUCUCAGACAUGGCUGUGAACUACGAGAACACACUGAUUGCCGCCGGCAGCUGUGACAAGAUCAUCAGGGUGUGGUGCCUGAGGACUUGCGCCCCAGUCGCUGUGCUGCAAGGACACACAGGCUCGAUUACGUCUCUGCAGUUUAGCCCUAUGGCCAAAGGACCUCAGAGAUAUAUGGUUUCCACUGGUGCUGAUGGGACUGUGUGCUUUUGGCAGUGGGAUUUAGAGUCCUUGAAAUUCAGCCCACGGCCCCUGAAGUUCACGGAGAAGCCAAGGCCUGGUGUUCAGAUGCUGUGCUCUUCAUUUAGCGUUGGUGGCAUGUUUUUAGCUACAGGUAGUACUGACCAUGUAAUCAGAAUGUAUUUUUUGGGCUUUGAAGCACCUGAAAAAAUUGCUGAACUUGAGAGCCACACGGAUAAAGUUGAUAGUAUCCAGUUUUGUAACAAUGGUGACCGGUUCUUAAGUGGCAGCAGAGAUGGAACAGCACGGAUUUGGAGGUUUGAACAGUUGGAAUGGAGAAGCAUUUUACUGGAUAUGGCUACCAGAAUCUCAGGAGACACGUCUUCCGAAGAAGAGAGGUUUAUGAAACCCAAAGUCACAAUGAUAGCUUGGAAUCAGGACGACAGCAUUGUCGUCACUGCUGUGAACGAUCACGUCCUCAAAGUGUGGGACUCUUACACUGGGCAGCUGCUCCAUAACCUACUGGGACAUGCUGAUGAAGUGUUUGUUUUGGAGACACAUCCCUUUGAUUCCAGAAUUAUGUUAUCUGCAGGACACGAUGGCAGCAUAUUUAUAUGGGAUAUUACAAAAGGCACCAAGGUGAAACAUUAUUUUAACAUGAUCGAAGGACAAGGACACGGAGCUGUGUUUGACUGUAAGUUUUCCCAGGAUGGACAGCAUUUUGCCUGCACAGACUCUCAUGGGCAUCUUCUGAUAUUUGGUUUUGGAUGCAGCAAACCAUAUGAAAAGAUUCCUGAGCAGAUGUUCUUCCACACUGACUACCGGCCGCUCAUCAGAGACUCCAAUAACUAUGUGCUGGACGAGCAGACACAGCAGGCCCCUCACCUCAUGCCCCCGCCCUUCCUGGUGGAUGUGGACGGGAACCCUCAUCCCACUAAGUACCAGAGAUUAGUCCCGGGUCGAGAGAAUUCAGCGGACGAGCAUUUGGUUCCACAGCUAGGCUAUGUGGCUACAAGUGAUGGAGAGGUGAUUGAACAGAUCAUAAGCCUGCAGACCAACGACAGUGCUGAAGCCAGCCCAGAGCCCAGCGUUCUGGAUGGGAUGAUCCGGCAGUUACAGCAGCAACAAGACCAGAGACUGGGAGUGGGUCAGGAUGUGGCUGCAAAUGGACUUUCCAAUGGGGAGGAGACACCCCGAAGAGGGAGUUUUAGAAGACUGAGUUUAGAUAUUCAGUCUCCUCCAAACAUCGGUCUUCGCCGAAGUGGGCAGGUUGAAGGUGUUCGCCAGAUGCAUCAGAACGCUCCCCGGAGUCAGAUUGCUACGGAGCGUGACCUGCAGGCUUGGAAGCGGAGGGUGGUUGUUCCAGAGGCACCCCCGGCUGUGUUCAGGCGGUUGGAGGACUUCCGCAUAGAGAGAGGCGAAGAGGAGAGAAACCUGUAUGUGAUAGGGAGGAACAAGAAGGCUUCCCAGAUGUCACAGAAGUCAGAGUCGACGGUUUUGGUGUCCCAGUCCAGACAACGGAUGUGCAGGCGUAAAUACACAAAUUAUAGUAGAAGAAAUGCCGACCACUGUGAUGUGUCUUCUGGGAAUGAGUCUUCAGGCUCUAAUAGACAUGAGACGUCCUGUGAUCAGAGUGAAGCGUCUUGCUCUUCGGAAGAUGACGAAUGGAAAAGUGACAGAAGAACUGACAGUGACAGUUCAAGCGACUCCUCAUCUCGGUACUCUGAUUGGACAGCUGACCCGGGAGUCAACCUGCAGCCUCCUUUAAGGACGUCGUGUCGUCGGCGAGUGACCCGCUUUUGCAGCAGCUCAGAGGAUGAGCUUUCUCCAGAGAACAUGUCUCCUCCAAAAAGAAGGCGGAGAAGAAAGAAAGAAAGCAAGCCUAAAAGGGAGAGUUUGCGAAGGAUGACACCAGCAGAGCUGGCGAAUGAGGAACAUUUGUAUGAGUUUCACCCUCCUGUUUGGAUAACUGACACCACACUUCGGAAGUCUCCUUUUGUUCCUCAGAUGGGUGAUGAGGUGAUCUACUUCCGUCAGGGUCACGAAGCUUACGUUGAAGCUGUCAGAAGAAAUAACAUUUAUGAACUGAAUCCGAAUAAGGAGCCAUGGAGAAAGAUGGAUCUGCGGGAUCAAGAGUUGGUCAAAAUUGUUGGAAUAAGAUAUGAGGUUGGACCACCUACACUCUGUUGCCUCAAACUAGCAUUUAUAGAUCCAGCAACUGGCAGACUUACAGAUAAAUCUUUCUCUAUUAGAUACCAUGAUAUGCCAGAUGUUAUCGAUUUUCUUGUGUUGCGUCAGUUUUAUGAUGAAGCAAGACAGAGAAACUGGCAGCCUUGUGACAGAUUUCGAUCUAUAAUUGAUGAUGCGUGGUGGUUUGGAACUGUGUUGAGUCAAGAGCCGUAUCAGCCACAGUACCCUGACAGUCAUUUCCAGUGUUACAUUGUUAGGUGGGACAACACUGAAAUUGAAAAGCUGAGCCCGUGGGACAUGGAGCCAAUUCCUGACAAUGUUGAUCCGCCAGAAGAGUUGGGAGCAAGCAUCUCUGUCACUUCAGAUGAGCUGGAGAAGUUGCUUUACAAGCCUCAGGAUGGUGAAUGGGGCCAGAGCUCAAGAGACGAGGAGUGUGAGCGGAUCAUCAGGGGCAUAGACCAACUCUUAAACCUGGAUAUAGCAGCAGCUUUUGCAGGCCCUGUGGAUCUGUGUACAUAUCCAAAGUACUGCACAGUAGUGGCUUAUCCAACUGAUCUUUAUACAAUUCGAAUGAGACUUGUUAAUCGAUUUUACAGGCGGUUAUCUGCAUUAAUUUGGGAAGUCCGAUAUAUAGAGCAUAAUGCAAGAACAUUCAAUGAACCCGAAAGUGUGAUUGCAAGAUCAGCCAAAAAAAUAACUGAGCAGCUCCUGAGAUUUAUUAAGAAUCAGGAUUGUACAAAUAUAUCAGAGCUGUCUAACACGUCGGACAAUGAUGAUCAGAAUGCUGAUGAUUUGGAUGGCAGCGAUCUUCCUCAGACACCUGUAAGGAGGAGGGUCCACAACUGGAGAAAACGGAGCAGCAGAGCCAGCAGUGAUCUUGACAGCGAUUGGCAGAGGCAGUGUAAGGCUCUCCUCAUCUUGAUCUUCCAGUGCGAGGACUCAGAGCCCUUCAGGCAGCCUGUGGACUUGGUGGAGUACCCAGAUUACAGAGACAUUAUAGACACUCCAAUGGACUUUGGAACUGUAAGGGAAACUCUAGAAGCUGGGAAUUACGAUAGCCCUUUGGAGUUUUGCAAAGACAUCCGAUUGAUAUUUAGCAAUGCGAAGGCAUAUACACCCAACAAAAGAUCAAAGAUUUACAGUAUGACCUUGAGAUUAUCUGCUUUGUUUGAAGAAAAAAUGAAGAAAAUCUCUUUUGAUUUUAAAAUUGGUCAAAAAUUCAAGGAGAAACUUCGACGGAGCCAGAGAUUCAAGCAGCGGCAGAGCUGUGCCAGUGCCACUCCCGACAGGAGUGGAAGAAAUAUCAAGCAGAAGCAGUUGAAAUUUCCGACAAAAGUAAUUCCCCAGCUGGUGUGCUCUCCUUCCCAGUCUACCUCAAGUCGGGCACCCUUGUCUGCAACCCGCAGGGCAAGUGCUGGCUUCUCCUCAGGCUUUACCUCUGCGGACUCUUCAGACUCAGCAGGAUUAGAAGGGCUGAGAAGAAAUAGACCCAAGACACUGGGGAAUGGCGCUGUGUUGUCUGGCAGUGAAAUGGAAGAUUUCAUAACUACCUCUUCAUCUUCUUCAGCUUCAAAUAGUUCAGAGGAAAGCAAAGAGAGUCCUAGAGCUCGAGAGUGCUCCUUGCGCAGCGGCUUGCUGAGAAGCAGCAGUCUGAGGGUGACCAGAACAAGAGCUGCUCAGAGAAAAGCUGGUUCUUUUUCUUUAGAAAAUGGAUGUGGCAGGAAAGCCACUCGGAAGAGAGUCUACUCAAGUGAUUCUGAUAACAAUUCAGGGGAAACAGACGAGAAUCUGAAGGGCAAGGCUGGAAGCAGCCGGAAAGUCCUCCGGAAAUGUGCUGCUGUCGCCGCCAGCAAGAUAAAGCUGAUGAGCGAUGCGGAGGAAGGCUCGAGCUCAGAAAGCCUCUGCUCUGCUCGGAAACUGCCACAUCGCAACGCAUCGGCUGUGGCCAGGAAGAAGUUGCUGCACGAUGCUGAUGAUCAGAGCCUUAAGUCAGACACUGAAGACCUGAAGCAGCAGAAUCCAGCACUGUUGGUGUCCAGUUCUCACACUGCCCAGGACAGUGUCAGUGACUCCGAGUCAGAAAGUGACUUGCAAGUGGCCCGGAAGAACUGGCAUGCUGAUGGCUGCACAUCCCAUACUGCAGCAACGUGCAAAGCAAAACUUCUUCCAGUAGAGUCGUCUGAGGAAGACUCUAGGGGCCACGAGUCAGAUAACGGACCCAGCAGCCCUGCUGACCCUUCUGCCUCUGGGCAGAAGCUUGGGCCAGAGUGCAUCUCUGAGGAAGCUGACUCAGAGCCAGGGAGUAGUACAUUAUGCAAGAAUGUACAUUUUUUCAAGAAAGCAAAGGUCUUGAGUGAUUCAGAAGAUUGUGAAGAACAAGGCAGAGAGAAUAGGAGAGGUCACCAAGGAGAAGGAAGCCCAGGUUCUGAAACUCUGAAGACUGAAGCUGUUGUUUCACCCCAGUGUCUCUUGGGUGGUGGCUCUGAGACUGACAUGGACUUCGAUGUUGGUGCAGUGAAAGAGAAAUCACACAGCAAUACGGACGAUUCUGUGUCACGAGAGAACGGACAAAGGAAAAAAGUUUCCCGGAAAAGGGUCUGUUCCAGUGACUCAGAAAGCAGUCUACACGUGAUUAAGAAGUCACCCAAAGACAAAAGCAGUCUCUUGAGGCUCACUCGCAGUGCUAGUAUGGCUACUGACAAACCCAAGCUCACAGGUGAUGCAGAAGACUCAGAAAGUGUACGCACUCGUAGCAGGACAAGAAGGAAGAAGCCCAUCCGACUUGCUUGUGCCACAGCAAAUAAGAGACUGAGUGGCGAUGAGAAACAUGCACACUGUGAAGUGUCAGAAGAACUGCCUGCCUGCGUUAGAACGCUCCCUGAGCCUGAACCCCAGGGCAGUAAAAAAAAUGCCAGGCAGACUGCACGUGCAGCCUUGGAUUCUGAAGCGGAUUCUAGUCUUGAGCACACAAAAACCAUACAGAAUAGGCAAACAGACAGUGUCUGCAUAAGGCAGCCUCCUAUAACCCGAAGCUGCUCUGCUGGCCCUUCUGAGGAGGAUGCCAAGAACCGUACCCUAGAGAGUGAGGUUAGCUUGUCUUCUGAGUCAGUGUUGUCCCCAAAAGCUACUGUAGAGAAUAACUUUGAAGAAGAACUGAGUUACGGGUUACGAAGGUGGAACGGCAGAAGACUUAGGACCUACGGGAAAGCCUCUUUCAGUAGGACAGCACAAGUUACUCCCAAUGUUCAGGCACCGGCAGAGGGGGUCAUGAAGAGGAGAGCGCGUCCUGAGCUAGACAGCGGGGAACUGCCGGGACAGGCGAGUUCAGGAUGUGUGCCUGACUCCAGCCCCAAGUCAUCAGAUUUGGGGUCAGUGACUGAACCAGAUAGUGACUGUCCUGAGAACACAAAGACCCAAAGGAAGAAGAGAAGGAAAGGGAAAGGAAAAGUGGUCAGAAAAGGUAAAAGCUUUACGUCUGACCUGUCUACGACUGCGAGACAUCAAAGACAGAGUAAAUGUCCUAGGUUAAGUGUGUGUGACAAAGACUGGGAGGAUCUAGACUGUGCCAAAGCCACAAGGUUUGUUCGGCGCUCAAAAAUAAAAACACGGAACCAGGGUAGGAGGACGGUGCGAUACCACGAUGGGGAAGAUGACAGAAGCAUAGAGAACGCAUUAGAGCUCAGUGACGGCACCUUAUGACCUUGGGAGCCAGUGUUUUCAGACAGACUGACUGGAAUGUACCGGGAAAGCUGGCUUACAAUUCAGGGAAUAUAUUUAUAUUUUUCUAUGAAAAGUUGUGAAUGUGACUAAAUCAUGACUGUUAUUUUUAUUUGCACUUGCUGGCUUUUGAAGCAGCAUUCAGCACAGGUGCCAAAAUACACUUCAUUUUGGGGGCAGUUCUACUUUGGCAGUAUUGACUACAAGAGUUGGAGACAUGUUAGACACUAGGCGACUUGGUUCUCCAGACCAGUGAGCAUUAUUGUAGUAGCAGUGUCAGGCAGUUUUCUCAAUUUGUCCAGAGGUGGUAGUUCCUAAACCCCUGCCAUGUAGUAGGAGAAAAAUCCAUGUGACCUUUGUUUACAGAAUCUUGAUAAAUAUUAUGUGCAUACUGACAUUAGGAUCAUGGCAAGUGUAACCAUGAUUAGUAGGCAAGGCACCUACCACUUUUUUUUUGUUGUUUUGUUUUUAAAUCCUUUUUCCCUGGAGACUUGAGCAGAAAACAUUAUACCCAUAUGUGGUCAUUUUAUUGACAUGGCUUCCACUUUUCUGUCCAAAUGCUUGUCUUUUUUUUUUUUUUUUAAGGCAAACCUGAUGACUUUCAUGUUUAUAAACUUGAAUUAUAAAGUUCUGGUAGAUUACUUUAUAUGCUUAAAGGCCUAAGUUGAGAGCAUAGUCCUAGUGUUUCCUUUUAGAUUGUUUACUGACAAAUUGUUACUUGGUUUUUGUCCAAGAUCCACUUUCCACUAAGAUUCACCAAAUUCUUGCUCUUCCAUAAUCGAUCUUACUCUGAAACAGAGAAGUUUGUGUGCCUUAGAGUUAGGGAAAAUGUUCUUUAAUAAAAGUAAGUGCACAGGGCUAAUGGUAUUUCGGUUCUAUGUAGAUUUCCCUCUGUUAAGACUGCAGUUGUAAAUUUAUCUAUGUAGGAAAAUAGUUGAGUGUCAUUCUCCAUCCUUGAGCUUACUGCUGCCACAUGCAUCCUAAGCAUCCCUUGCUUGGGAGAACUAAGUGUAUCUUCAUUAGUGACCUCUCGUGUAAGAAACUUAUGUUUGGGGCACAAUGAUUUUUUUGAAAUUCAUUUGAAGUGAAACGUCACAGCAUCCCAGGUGCCAUAGCACACUUAUUUUUGAGCAAGGUUCUUUGCGGGGUUAUUUUUGGUCUACUGUAGGUAGCUCUUCCCAGUGGGGUUUUCUUUGAAAAACUUCCCAUGAGUGAAGGGAAUGUUAGCUUCCACACUUUGGAGUGCUGUUUGACCUUAGUUGUUUGGUUUCAUGCACAGGUCACUCUUUCCUGUUUUCCUGAGGUGGCAAACAAACAAAAACAUCUAAAGUUCUCCGUGCCUCUGCUCUGUUUUCUUGUGGGUUUGACAUGGUAGGCAUCUCUCUUCUGUGUUCUCAUUCAAGAGCUAGGUGGUUUUGGACAUCUCCAGCUAUGAUUGGCAGGUGCCUGUUUCUCCAGGAUAAGAGCCCUCUCCCAUCAAAGGGGGGGAGCUAAGAUACUUUCUGUGGCUCUUCAGAGACAGAUGUGAGGGACUGACUGUGGCAGUUAGCUUUGACUGUUGACCCAAAGUAAGUUUGCUUCCUGUUGUGUCCCUCAGGGUUAUACCUCCAUGUUUACCAUUCUCUGCAUAAAGGCACCAGAACCCAUGACUGCACGGGAAGUGCACAGAGCGGUUCCCACUGGGGACUAAAUUUUAACUGGGUCUUGAUUGUCUAGUCAAACCGUACUCUCUGCCACAACCCCUUUGGUCCAGUUGUAUAUAGGCAGUAUUUUGGUUUUAACAGAGUAGGUGCCAUCAGAGUAGAAGUGGACCUGGUGACCUUGGGCGUGAUCCACAGUGGCUCUCAACCUCUGAAGUCAAGAUGUGGGCUCCUGAGGAAGCAUUUUUUUUCCCCUUCCUUCCUUUUUGGUUAUGGUGCUGUUUCUGACAUUAACUUUGAAUAUGUGACACACUCCUAAGUACUUAAGGAUGAUUAAUCAAUAAUAGUUAAAAUGUUUACAUUGAGCACUAGGUGUUUGAAAUGCGCAGGGAUUUAAUGCACAAAUGUACUUUAAUGUUUAGGAUCAGUCUGUGUUUUUGAGAGUUAUAAGGUGAAUGUGAACUGGUCCAGAACUAAGUGCUCUAGCUUCUGUUGCACUUGAAGUAUUUAGUAGUAUAUAUGUAAAAAUAGCCUUUUCCCACUCUAGUUUUAUAUGUCCAAAGUCCUGUGAUUUUUAUUCAUUUAUAAUUUUUUAAGGAAGUUUGAAGUAUUCAGGUUUGGUUUUUUUCCCCUUCUUCUCUCUUUUUUCUUUUGCUUUUGAGAGUGUAAUAUACCAAGCAUAUUAAGAAAUUUAAAACCAUUUCCCCCCUAUAUCUUAUUUUAAAAAGGUGUACUGACAAUGUGUAGUAAUUUAUGAAUAAAAAUGUAUCCCAUUUCCAGGUAAUUCCUAGGGUGGUCAUUGCUGUGUGCUUUUAAAGUGGAAAACUGCUGAUCAAAUAAUGUUUGAAGUUAGUGCGAUCUUGGAAAUUGUGGUGCAGAAGUCAUGGUGAGCUGCUUAAGUUACACCAGCAAGGUCUCUUCUGUAAUGGAGUUGCACCUGGAGGGGAAGGUGGUUUUGAAAAGUAAAAUGUUCUAAAAAGCACUUCAAGACCUGGAAGAAGAAUGCAGCAGGUUUAUUAACAGGGCUCUGUAGUACCUGCAGACUACAGUGCAGAUGGGUCUACACAGUGCCAGCAGACGGCUACACUACAGACGGGUCCCUGCAGUACCAGCAGAGGACUUUCCUGUCUACAGUAAGAUGCAUUGAUAAGCCUUUGGCCUCACUGAUCGCUUUUAGGGUGAUGGUGGGUUCACACUACACUUCCAACCUUCUGUGGUAGUCUUUGUCCUCAAUCCCUGUACUGUAUGAUAAAAAAAUUGAAUUGGAUCUUAGUUUCUUCUGCCAGUACAAGUUGAAUUUGAUUGUGUCAACUGAAAAAAAAGACUUCUGAGGUUUGUAAAUCAGUAGAAUGCAAAACAUUAAAGAUGCAUGUGAUUGUU